CGACGCGAUAAAAAAAGCCCUUUUCCAGUGCUGCGACCUCAAUCGCGCCCGUAGCCUGCAGCCGGCCAACAAUGCGGCCGUUGGGGAGCUUGCAGGCCUACCAUGGCCUGCUUCCUCUCCUGACUGCUGCCGCACACGCCUUGGUCGCAUUCGCCUCAGUCGGAUCACGGACCAGCAGCCAGACGCCCACCAUUGGAACGCCACAGCCAUGCCUGUGCAGCUUCAACGCAACAAAGCUUCAGCUUCCCGAGGGAUCCUGGGACUCGCACUUCCAUGUUAUCGACCCGGUCCGGUUUCCCCCGUUACGAAACGCAGCGUACAAGCCAGGCACCCACACAGUCUGGGAGAAUUCCGUCUUUGAGCAUAGCAUCGGCUGUGACCACGUGGUCAUGGUACAACCUUCCAUCUAUGGAACGAAUAAUACGCUGCUGCUAGAAUCGCUGAAGGCGUACGGGCCGCAAAGGGCGCGUGGCGUGGUCGUCUUCGAUGUCCACAAUACGACAGAAGCACAGCUCGCGGAAUGGAACAGAAUCGGCGUACGCGGCGUUCGAAUCAACCUGCAGAGCAUCAACGCCACAGAAUCGAUUGAAAGACUGGAACUAACCCUCAAAGUACACGCAGACGCUGUCAAGCCCUUCGACUGGGUGCUCCAACUAUACGCCCCGAUGGAGCUCAUCCCGUCCAUAGAGGCCUUUGUGCCCACGCUCGGGGUACGCAUCGUCUUCGAUCACUUUGGAGACCCGAAGAUGCCGCAACCCACCGGAGAUCCUCAAAAGCUGGACCCGCACUCGAUCAAAGGCUUCAGCGCCAUGAUCCGCCUGCUCAAACAAGGCAGGACCUGGGUGAAAAUCUCCGGAGCGUAUCGCGUGUCCAAGCUGCCCGGGCCAAACUACAGCGACCUGGACCCCCUGGCGCGAGAGCUCUUUCGCGCGGCGCCAUCCAGAGUCGUAUAUAGCUCGGACUGGCCGCAUACACGUUUCGAAGGGCUGGACAUACGGCCUUGGAACGCGCAUCUGUUGGAGUUGGUCGGAGGCGAUAUGCGGUUGCGGCAGAAGCUAUUUAGAGACAAUGCGAGAGACCUCUGGCAGAGUACGACAGUGAACUCGACGCUUAACACAAAAUAUUGAUAUAGACAUAAUAUUGAAGGGCUAAUAUUGGGCUGAGCAUAGCGUGAUGGAUAAAAGUACGAUGUAUCGCCAAUCUCGAUCGCCACAUCAUGCAUAUAAACGCGGCAUUGAUGAUGAG